AUGGCGCGGUUCGCGGCGGCCGUCUUGUCGGCGCUGCUAGGCCUGACUGCCGCGCGGGCAGGAGGGCCGCAACGCGGCGGCGGCGCGGCCGGCGGCAUCGUGGACGUGGACCUGCGCGGGGCCUGCGGGGCCGGCGGCUGCCCCGUGCCCGAGGCCAAGUGGGCCGACGGCGGGCGCAGCGUCGUCGCCGUCUUCGGCUUCGCCGUCGUCGUCAUCAACCACCACCCCGGCCGGCCGUCGGACAAGCUGCUCUCUUUCGGCGUCUGCACCGACAGGGACGACAUGGCCAACACGCACUCGGCCGAGGCGCUGCCCGGCGGGAGGCUGGCCGUCGCGACGACCGCCGCCGCCGCCGGCUCCGCCAACGUCCUCGUCUUCGACCGCGCCCCGGGCCGUCUGGAUGCCCUGGCCGCCCCGGUCCAGCGCCUGGGCGCGGGCGGCAUCGCGGCCGUCCACGCCGUGCUCUGGGACCCGAGGCGCGCCGUGCUCUGGGCCGCCGGCAACGACGUGUCCCCCCUGACCGGCGGCUCCAGGAGCAUUCUGAACGCGUACGCCUGGGCGGGCGGGCGGCUCGCGUCGGCGCCCCGGACGAGCCUUGUUGCCCGGGCGGCGCACCUCACGGCCGAGUGGGGGCCCCGGACGCCCUGGUGGGACGGGGCGCACGCCAUGGUCCCCGUCCCGGGGGAGGACAAGCUCCUCGUCACGACCGACUUGGACGUCCACGUUUACGACGUCCGCGCCGGGACCGUGGAGCACGGGCAGCCCGUCGCGGAGAGGUACCUGGCUGGGUUUCGGCCCGCGGGCGCGCGCGUCGGCCUGGACGGGGUCCCGCUGCCGCGGUCCGACAUCAAGAGCCUGAGCAUGCUGGCGAACCGGGACACGCUCUACGUCCAGGCCGUCUGGAACCAGACGUACGGCGAGACCGUGGGCGUCCUGGAGAACGGCCGCCUGGCGGGCACUCUGUGGAGCCAGAUGCUGUACCGGUCGCGGUGGUUUGCCGAGACGGCGUGGUGA